CACUCACACAGUCUCACUCUGCACCUCCUGCGACGAGGACUGACCUUUUACCACGCGAAGAGGGGGGCUGUUUAACGUGAACAUGGAGGCCUGGAUCACCUGUGGACUGUUGCUCGUCGCUUUUCUCUCCGCAUGCGACGCUUUCAACCUGGACACCGAGAAUGUCCUGCAGAAACGCGGGGAGCGCGACAGCCUGUUCGGCUUCUCCCUCGCCAUGCACUGGCAGCUUUCCCCGGUGGGCAAGAGAAUGCUGCUGGUUGGUGCCCCGAGGGCGAAAGCUUUGACUGGCCAAAAAUCGAAGGUGACAGGAGGACUCUACACAUGUGACAUGAGCUCUUCCUCCCCUGGCUGCACGAGAGUUAUCUUUGAUAAUAAUGAGAAUACAGAGACAGAAAGCAAAGAAAACCAGUGGAUGGGAGUGACAGUCAGCAGUCAGGGGCCAGGAGGCAAAAUUGUGACCUGUGCCCAUCGCUAUGAGCGCCGGAGCGGUGAAUCCCGUGACAUCAUCGGCCGCUGCUACUCUCUGAGUCAGGACGUGAGAAUUGAUCCGAACUCAAGGGAGGAUACACAUAACUGGCAUUUCUGUGACGGACGACUCAAAGGACAUGAGAUGUUCGGUUCCUGCCAGCAGGGCAUCUCUGCUGCGUUCACCGACGACUACCACUACUUCAUCUUUGGGGCUCCUGGAGCGUACAACUGGAAAGGCGAGGUGCGCUUGGAACAGAAUAACGACACUUUCUACGAGUUAGACAUCUAUGACGACGGUCCUUAUGAGACGGGAGAUGAGCGUCAAAUGAAACCUCACCUGGUCCCUGUUCCUUACAGCAGCUAUUUGGGCUUCUCUCUGGCCUCAGGAAAAAAGUUGACUAAAAAGAACCAGCUGACGGUGGUGGCGGGAGCUCCCAGAGCAAACCACAGUGGAGCAGUUGUGUUGCUGAAGAAAAUCGAACUGAGCAAAAGGAUGGAAAAAGAGUACAUCCUGGAAGGAGAGGGACUGGCCUCAUCCUUCGGCUACGAUGUGACGGUGCUGGAUCUGAACGGGGACGACUGGCAGGACAUAGUGGUGGGAGCGCCUCAGUACUUUGAGAAAGAUGGAGAAAUUGGAGGAGCUGUCUAUGUCUACAUCAACAACGCUGGAAACUGGGACAAACCCACACGGACCAGAUUAGACGGACCCAAGGACUCUAUGUUUGGCUUGGCAGUGGAAAACCUGGGGGACAUCAAUCAGGAUGGUUACCAAGAUUUUGCCGUGGGAAGUCCUUAUGAAGUUAAUGACAGGGAAGCUGUGGGUUCAGGGAAGGUUUACAUCUACCAUGGGUCAGCCACAGGAGUCAUCCCUCAAAAAGCUGCACAGGUGCUGUCCGGUAAAACAGGAGUCAAGAUGUUUGGCUACUCUCUGGCAGGCAACAUGGACCUCGAUUGGAACGCCUACCCAGACCUGGCUGUGGGAUCCCUCUCAGAUUCUGUAUUUCUCUACAGAGCUCGUCCUGUCAUUAACAUCAAGAAGGAGAUCAAGUUCUCUCCACAAAAAAUCGACCUGACCAAGAAGAACUGCGGCGAAUAUGUCUGCUUGGAAGUUUCGGCGUGUUUCACUUACACUGCCAACCCCAAAAGCUACGCCCCUAAACUGACGGUGGACUACUCUUUCGACGUGGAUGCUGACUACAAGAAGAAUAAUCUCCUCCCCAGGGCGACUAUCCCCGAUUCCAGUGGGAGCGUUGAUAUUAAUGAGAAGGGAAAGGAAGUGUGCAUUCAACGGCGACUCACCGUACAGGACAAGGUUCAGGACAAGCUACGUGGGAUCCCCAUCGAUGUGUCCGUGGAAAUCAAGAAUUCUAAACGCAAACGCAGACAGAGCGCAUCUCCUCAGCUCGCACCCGUGCUGGACGCCAGCGAGCCGACCCGAGCAGUGGUGCAAUUCCUGAAGGAGGGUUGCGGCUCCGACAAUGUGUGUCAGAGUAACUUGCAAAUGAAAUAUCGCUACGGCUACAAGGAGACCGACAAAGACCCGUUCACUCCAUUGGAAAUGGUCAACGACAUGCAGGUGCUGUCACUCAGCAACCAAAAGGAAAUCGUCUUGGAGAUCACGGUGACCAAUCUAAAAGGAGACGAUGCCCACGAAGCCUCAGUCAAAGCCUUCUUUCCGCGCUCCUUGACCUACUCUACUUCCCGCACUGUCACUUAUAUGCCAGGAAACUGCAAAGCCAAUACAAAUGGUUCCAUGGCUGAUUGUGAGUUAGGAAACCCCUUCAAACGUGGCUCAGAGACAACAUUUUACAUCAUUUUGGGUACAACUAGACUGUCUCACAACACAUCUGAAGUAGCGGUGGAUCUCAUGUUGGAAACGACAAGCGAGCAGACGCUAACUCCUGUGAAGGCAAAGCUGAAAGUGACCAUCAUGUUGCAGCUGUCUGUUUCAGGACAAGCCCAGCCAUCUCAGGUCUACUUCUCGGGAGCCGUCAGAGGCGAGACAGACAUAAAGACUGAAAGUGAAAUUGGCAGCGCCAUCACACACCAAUUCAGAAUAAUCAACCUGGGAAAGCGCUUGACUGACUUUGGCAUGGCCAGCCUCAACAUCUACUGGCCAAGGUAUACAAAUAACGGAAAGUGGCUGCUCUACCUGAUGGAGAUCAGCUCCACAGGAGUGGAUCCGAUAAAGUGCACCCCCGAAGGGGAGAUUAACCCUCUAAAAAAGGAACUAGUUAACAAGAGGACGAGAAGAGCAGUAGAAAACACAGAAGAGGGAGCUGUAGAGGGAACUAUUUCACGAUUACUGCAGAAUAAGAAAGCAGAAACUCUGUCCUGUGACAGUGGGGCAAAUUGUGUGACGAUAAAGUGCCCCCUGGGGGGCUUGGACAGUAAUGCACUCAUCACUCUCCACUCUCGCCUCUGGAAUGGCACCUUCAUAGAGGAUUACUCAGAGAUGCAUCAUGUGGAGGUGACAGUGAAGGCGUCUCUACACAUUGAUAGCACAAACACGGCGCCUCAAAAUGCUGACACACAGGUGAGACUCACGGUGUUCCCAGAGAGGCGUGAAGCUCGGCAUGGAGGAGUGCCGUGGUGGAUCAUCGUGUUGUCCAUCCUGUUCGGGCUGCUGCUGUUGGCCCUGCUGGCUUUCCUUCUUUGGAAGUGUGGAUUUUUUAAGCGGGCCAAAUAUGAAGACAAGGUUCCCAGUUACAACGCAGUUCGGAUCAGACGGGAAGAGAGAGGGAUAAACUCUGGAAACAGGGAAAAGCUGGAAAAGAAGCCCUGGAUUACAACCUGGCACGACAACGAACACUAUUCAUAACAACCUCGACGCCGCAUAGAUUCACUGUUGCUUACUGAUGAACUCCUGGUCUCCCUCAUGUUUGCUGCCCUGGCUUUGCACAGUGAGGACUGUAAAUAUCAAAAAAAUAAAGAGUUCAAAACUCUAGUAGGACUAAAUACGGGAUCGAUUGUUCAAGCUCCGGGGCCAAUCUGAUCUUGAAUAAAGUAUGAAUCACUGGAGGUAGAGUCGGUGUGGGAGAGGGUCCUGCACAACUACUGUCUGUUAGAGGCUUGGAGCUUGUUUUGCAUUCGAUGUUGAGGGAGGGAGGGGAGGGACGGGGGUUUCUAAAUGUUUAUGAAUGGAUUUUUAUGAAUGUUUGUUUUUUAUUAUGUAUUAUUUCAAGGAGUACUUUGUUACGUGCUCCACAUGCCAAAGAGUCAUGCAAUGCAUACACAGGCGAGUGUUCACUUCCCUCGGUUUAAAAAUGCUUUUUAUUUUAUUCUGUCUUGUGUUCUGUGCAUCCGACUUAAACGCUGAUGCACUUUUUCCCCACACUCAAAAUGCCUCAGAUGACACCGAUACUGUAACUUAUCCACAGCACUUAGUUUGUCACUGCAGAGCUCAUCUUUUAAUCACUGGCUGCAGAUCGAGAAGAGUGUCGGAGCGAACAAGGUGUGUCUUGAAUAAAAAAAAAAAAACAUAAUUAAAUGCCA